UCGAUUUUCGAAUGUCAGAAUCAAUUUGGCAAUUUUUAUCAUUUAUUUAAACUGUAACUGUAAGAAGCUUUUUUAAGGUGCUUCAAUAAAAACUCUCUUUUUAUUUGCUUCGUGCAAUCAUGAGACAUUUAAUCUAUAUAUUCGAUCUUCAAACUGAAGUGAAUCGUCCUGUGUACCUAUACAGUGUUUAUUCGAAGCUCCUCGGAACUUUUAAGAGCGCGCUUAACCGCGCGAAGGUUAAGCGCCUUGAAGUUUAUGGUACGUUCGGAGCAACGAGCAGUUCUGCCUCGCGUAUCCUCGUGUUAUCCGGGGCAAUAUCGCCGAUUUACUUUCGACCGGCGUAGCCGAUUCUGAGCGCGAUCGUAAUCGCGCGGCAACUCGCGAAAGUUGCGGAGUCGCGUGUUGUACGUGCGAGAGCACGCGGAAAAGUCGAGACGUUUUUCGCGCGCGAUAAAAUGCGAAAAGCGGAUUGUUAACGGAAGUUUUUCGAGCGCGCAAUCGAAGUUGAAAUUAAAUUGACCGGGUUAUGAUUCCGCGCCCGAGUCCUACGGCUAAACAGAAUAUCCGUCCGCGUGAGCGAAAAGGUACGGGACCGGAUGCACACAUUUUCCGGACCAAGUCCUCUCUCUUGCUUUCAUUCGCUUUAAGAAAAGAAAUGCUCCGAUAUUUUUCUCGGAGCCAGCUGCAAAGAGGCAAAACGUUCUCCAGAAACAUCCGCUUCUUUAUGCUUUUUUUUCUCUCUCUCUCUCUCUCUCUCUCUCUCUCUCUCUUUCUCUCUCUUUCUCUUCCGUUCCUCGUUUUUUAAUUCACUUCUUUUUCUCUCUGUAUGCAUCGUCCGGACGAUCCAUUCACUCAAGACUGUCCUCAAGUCGAGAUUCUGCAGCUAGCUGUCGCCUAAUUACGCCAAAUGUGUAGACGAGAACGUUGCGCUAAAAUGCCACUCACAUUUCUUUCGCUCGCAAUAUCAUGCGCUACACUCAUCUAUGUUGGUGCGUGCUUACGCAAAGCUUGUUUCUUUCCGGUGCACGAAAUUACUCGGACAAUUACAGAGACAAACGGAAGUUGUUCGUUCCCGUUGUUCGUUCGUCCGCGGAUUUUUUCUUUUUUUUUUUUCACUAAUGGCGACCGCCGUUCCUUAUAAUCAAGCGCGAAGCAUCGGUUUUAACUUAUAUUGGAGAAUGUUUUUAAUGAGAUAGAGAAGUUAUAUUAAAAUUGUAAUGUGUGUGUGUGUGUGUGUGUCUAUUUCAUUAUUCGUACUCCUUCUUCUAAGAAGAGAAAAUAAAAAUGUUUAAUUAAGAAAAUUCAAAACCAAAAUAUACAUACAAACACACUCGAGUUAUUCUUAUUCUUUCAUUCUUGUUCUUUCAUUAUCUUUCACGUUGCAUUCUUGCCGUGUUGUUACAACAAUAGCGCAAAUGCGGAUUCAUCAUAUUUCACACAAUCUGAAAAUAAAUAUUACGUUAUCCACUUACGCUCUAUUUUGACUAAAGCCGCAUUACAAGUUCUCCGAUAGGUUGCAACUACUUUCCGGGAUAAUAUCGCUGAUAGUCAUUUUCGAGACGUUAAUUAAUGGAAUGUGAUCGAUUGUGAAGAGAGAUUCGUCGGAGAUUCAAAGGGCUGUCAAAAUCGACAUCGAUCCGUUCGCCGAGGAAUACGACAUGAACCACAAGAGAACGGGAGUGGCGCUGAUAUUAAAUCACGUGAACUUCGAGAGCAUGAACACGAGAAAAGGUUCCGUGAAAGACUCGCUGGAUCUUAAGGAGUCAUUAGACAAGCUCGGAUUCGACGUUCGAAUUUAUACCGAUCCGACUAUCAAAUCCAUAAAUACGAUAUUGCAGUCGACCGCUGCGGAAGACCACUCGGAUGCCGACUGCCUGAUGGUGGUCGCAAUGUCGCACGGGGAAUCGGGUCUACUGCAUUCGACCGACAGCCUGUAUCCCGUCGAUAUGCUGUGGGCUCCCUUCACGGCCGAUCAAUGCUCCACCCUGGCUGGGAAACCGAAGUUGUUCUUCAUUCAGGCAUGCCGCGGGACACAACUGGACAAAGGGGUGAAAAUUAUUCAUGAGACUGACAGCAAGACACAGAGGAGAACUACGUACAGCAUUCCCACCUAUGCGGAUAUUAUGGUCGCGUACUCCACCUAUGACGGUUUUUACUCGUGGCGCAAUCCGGACUGCGGCUCCUGGUUCAUACAGGCUCUCUGUGAGGAACUGGACCUCCACGGACGUAACCGCGAUCUACUCUGCCUAAUGACCUUCGUGAACCGGCGCGUCGCCAUCGAGUACCAGUCGUACGUGCCGGAGAACGAGAGAUAUCACGACAAGAAGCAGAUCCCAACGAUUGUCUCGAUGCUGACCCGUCUCGUGUACUUUCGCGAGAAACGUGUGGCCGACGACCUCAACGACGAAUCGAAGGAGAAGAAAGCCGACGUUUGCGAGAAAAUGUCGUAAGAACGUGAGAGAUCACGUUCGUUUCCCAAACUGUAUUACGAUGAUGGAUAAACGGAUUGUCUUGGUUGAGUAGUUCGGUUAUUAUAGUUCUGAUGCGUCGUAAUAUUUUAAAGAAAUGACGUAUCGAUUGUAUCGCGACUCAUCGAAUUUAUCGUUUUUAUUUUUAUCGCGGUCACGUUUCGUUUUGCGGUGCACGUGACACAUAGCACGCAAAAAGAAAACCAAAAAACAAUAUGAAAAAAUUAGUUUUUAAUUUAAAAAUUUGUAUUUUAGAUAUAAUUAAGUUCUGUCAGAUAUUUUUGAAUUGAGAUUGCAUCUAUCUUAAUAAGAUUGUAUAAGAUUCAAUUGUGUGUCUUUGUCUGAUAUAAUAAAGUGUUA